UGUCGUCUGAGAAAAUUUUUCCACAACACACGAACCUUUCACGUGGUUGGAUGGAGGUUAACCUAUCUCAAUAUUGUUGUUGAUUUGGUUGUUGUUGUUCACGACAUUGCUUCGAAACGAAAACCCUUAAGCACUAAAUACUAAAAACUGUUUGAUGCUUCAAUCAGUACUAAGCUGGAAUUAGGUUUUAAAAAUUGAAAAAUAAUAUAAAUUCUCUAAAAAAAGUUACAUCGCUAGUGACUCGACUCCCGUAUCGGGUGCAAAAGCCUGUUUGAUCAACAUUGAAAAAUAUUUGCGUUUGACAUGCUGGGAGCUCUUCUGGAAAACAAGUGAAUGUCGGAUGGAGGCAGAGGUUAUGUCAGCCGGGUCUUUUAUAAACAAAUUAAUACUAUUAUUUAAAAAAUAGAUAUGGCGUUUUAUGAUAAUAAACAUUGGCUGUUAUCACACAUAAGGAAUUCAUUUGUUUCCUCUGAUGACACUGGAAUGUGUGAGAUGGUAAUGCAAGGAGAAAAUCUUUCCCGAAAGCUUGUCUCUUCCACAAAGUAUGAUUGUUACCCUGGAGAAGAUGAUAGUGAUGAAGAUGAUAUGGAUGCAAUGGGCCAAUCCUUUGAUAUUCAAUCAGACUUAGAUUUUGGUGCCCACAGAGCAAGGUCUAAUACAGCUGCUCGAUUAGAGAAAAUGGACAGAGAAAGAAAGCGAGCAGCUAAAACCAAACAUAUAAAGUGGGAGACUGCACCUGUGACAUUGUCAAGAAAUGAAUUGGCAGAGGUAUUUCAGGGAAAGGACUUGAAACAAGUUAGUUCAAGGGAUGCAAAGUCACAGGGUGGAAAGUCCCUUCUAGCUCAGCAGCUGGAACAGUGUCCUGACUUACCUCAGAAUCCGUUCCAGACUUAUGCAAAAUGUGAUGGGAGUGCUCAUGUUGGAGUGAAAGUUCGUAGAUAUGGCAUAUUCCUUCCAAUCUUGGCACCACCUGACUGCAACUACCCAAUGACUGUGAUUAUCUUAUCUGCUGCAAAGGUUGAAGAUUUAAUUGGACUUACACUUUAUAAAUGUUCUAUUCAUCAUCCUCAGUAUAAAAUCAAAGGGGGUGUUGAGAACUAUGGAAUGCACAUAGCAGAAGAUGAUGGAGAAAUUGACUGGGACUUUCCCUCUUUGGAUCCCCGAGAAACUGUAGGAAAAUUUGGAUUUAAGUUUCUAGCUAUGGUAGAGGGUAACAAUACAUGGCCGUCUCGUUCCCAAGAUGUGACAAAGGAUGAUGUGGACUCCUGUCCUGGACAUGAUCCUUCAGGCACUAGAUCAAAGGCUCAACUUCAGGCAGCUGAAAUGCGAAUGAAAGGCCACAUGACGGCCAUGGAAGCACCGUUGUAUCAAUCAUACCAAGUUUUUGUUUUACAUCCACUUCGUGCCAAAACUGAGGUCCAUUUAGGUAUUUCAGGCGAAAAAGUAGAAAUUGAUCCUAUAACACAGCAGAAAGUCAGCGCUAAAUUUUGGGUCCGCCAACGUGCUGUCAGCUAUGAUACCGAUUGUAUUGUUGCCUGUGAUUUACUUGAAACCAAGUCAAAUAGUCGCACUGUGUUUAGGUUGGUUUAUUAUCGUUCUCCAAGCCCAUCACCAGAACAAAGUAGUGCAACUCCCCAUUCACAGAGCUUUAAACACCACGAUUUUGAAGCUCCAGAACAAGUUGCAAGAGCUGUAGUACAACAAAUGAAUCAUAUUUUAGAACUCCGCACUAGUUCUCAUCGAAGAGAGUAUCUAGCAAUGAGAGAAAGGAAAAGCCACAGGAGAAAAAGCUUUCAUUUAGGACCAAGAUGAUAGCAAUAAUUAUAAUUAAUUCAUAGGUCUUAUGUACUGGAGUCUCUCAUUGAACAUGAUUGCACUUAAUUUGCUACCAAAGAUUUAAAUGGACUCAAAAAGAAAGAUUAAUUUGGUUAUGUUCUUCAUACUAACAUGAAAAACAUUUCCCUGCCAUUUUCAACCACUCAGUAGCUACUGAGUGAGAACUGAAGUCGUUGUAACUCAAGCUAUUUUAUUUAUUGUUUUGUCUCAGAUUUGCAUUGUAUGUAGACUCUUUCUUCUUAAUGUUUUCCAUUCUUUAUUCUGAACUGCCUCAUGCUAUUACCUUCAAUAUUCAGGAUCAUUUCUUCAUUAUUAUCUUUUGUAUCAAUAUAAGCUGAACUAAUUUUAAGUAAUUCUCCAAUAGACAUGUUCACUCCUUUUUCAUACCUUCAACAAUGCAGAUGAAGAUGUUUUGUGCUAAGUGAGACUGGUUUGACAUAUUUUGUUUUAGUUUCUCUUUGUGAUGCAGAACUUUUCUUGGAAAGUUAUCAUACCAAUUGUGAUGUUAGAAUAAGAUUUAUUUAUUUAUCGUUGAGGCAUAUACCAAUGAGCUCAGUUACAAAGCAUGGCAAGGCUUCAAUAUGGAGAAGCAUUUUGCAAUGGUUUCCAGCUCAAUCUAUCUUAUCUGCCUUUCUCUUGAUUCCAGUGAAUUAUAUGGAGUCAAAAGACGCAGAAGAAUACUUGUGACACCACUAAUUUAAUGUAUUAUGUUCACUUUUGUGAGCAUAAUUUUUACCAAAACCUUUUCACUGCCAAAAUGUUUUAAGCCUUAUACAUUCUGUAAUUUUUUUUAUUGUUUUGUUAACAUUGUGAUGUUAUGUCAAUUCAGGAGAGCAAUUAAAAGUGAAUUGUGAACUGUGAA